GAGAAAGUUGAGUAAUUAUUGAGCUGUAUUUUUAGACAGGCAGAUCCUCCGGCUUCCUCGUUGUGCUGUUUGGGGCCUUUUCAGAAUUUCAAGAUGGCGGCGGCCGUGCGGCUGUGUUCUGUCCUCCGUGUCUCCUUAAGCGGUGUUAGAACUUUAGGAGGUUCUGGAUGGUCCCGGCCCAGUGGAACUCCGAUGUAUCCGGCGUCUGCUGUUGCAUCUCAGGUUCUUUGGAAUCAGACUCGUUAUUCCAGCUUCUUCAACAAACUGACUGCAGAUGAACUAUGGCGUGGUGUGUUAGCUGAGAGCGGUGCUGGAUCCAGGAAGGGUCGAGGAAAAAGAACCAAACGCAAAAUGAAAAAAGACCUGAAUCGAGGACAAAGCAUUGGAGAGGGUCGUGGUGGGUUCCUCUGGCCAGGUCUGAACAUUCCUGUAAUUAAAGGCGGCACGAUCCAGUCUUUCUCUAAACGAGGGGAGGCGGAGCAGCAGGAGUUGAGGGUGGAGCUUGAACGUCAGAGGGACGAGUGGGACAGGAAGAGGAAGAUGAAGAUUAAGAGAGAGAGAGGCUGGUCAGGAAACUGCUGGGGAGGAAUCAGUCUUGGACACCCGGACCCAGGUCCCAACGGAGAAACAUAUGAGGAUUUUGACUGCCGUGUUAUUGAGGUAAAGAGUGUGUUCAAUAUGACUGCUAAAGAGGGAAGGAAAAGGUCAAUCAGUGCUCUUGUCGCUGUCGGUAACGGUAAUGGAGCUGCAGGAUUUGCUUUGGGAAAGGCCACAGACAGAACCACAGCCCUGAGAAAGGCCAAGAACAGAGCGAUGCACUACCUCUACUACACUGAGAGAUACAAUGACCACACCAUUUAUCAUGAUGUUGAGUCGACCUUUAAGAGAACUACAUUGCGCAUGAAAAAACAGAAUCAAGGAUAUGGUCUACACUGUCACAGAGCAGUAAUAACUCUGUGUAAGCUGAUUGGGAUUAAGGACAUGUAUGCAAAGGUUGAAGGCUCUGUGAACCUGCUGAACAUCACCCGUGCCUUCUUCCAGGGUCUGGCCAAUCAGGAGACUCACCAGUUGCUGGCAGACAGGAAGCAGCUGAAUGUAGUGGAGUUCAGUGAGGAGCGAGGACCCCUGCCUGUGGUGGUGGCUCGGCCGCAGCUCGGCGCCCGGAUCGAUCCGGAGGUGGAGGACGAGGUUCCGAACGUGAAGCUGCACUGGGCCGAUGUUCAGCUCGCUCAGGGCAUGAAGCGCUCGGUGUGGGCCGGCGUCAAGAGAACCAUCUGGUGAUACAUUUUGAAGAAAAACACUUCCGAAUUCACAGCUGAUCCUCAGAACUUGAUCACAGAAUCCAGUGUGUGAAGUUCUGAGCUCAGAACCAGCUCUCUGUGUGGCUCAGAAUCUACACAACCUUCUCAAUCAUCUCCAUUAGUACUAUUAUUAGUAGUACCUUUUUGUUAUAAACUCAAAUAAAUGUUUAAAAAGAAAAAAA